CGACCUUCUGGCCCAGUCCAGUCAGGCAUGCUGAGCCUAGAGGCCGAGGAGAAAGCACUUCCCGGCUUUGCUGAGGCUUUGCGGAGCUAUCAGGAGGCAGAGGCUGCCGGCACCUUCUUGGCCGUAGAGUUCACCACUUUGGCGGACUAUUUGCAUCUGCUUCAGGCUGCGGCUCAAGCACUCAACCCUCUAGGUGCGUGCCUUAGGAAUCCAUCCGUGGCCUACAGGCAGAGACUUUCUCCCCAGCCACUUUCCCCGUACACUGCCCUUCUGCGAUGUUUUACCUGGCUGCAGCCGUGUCAGAUUUCUAUGUUCCUGUUUCUGAAAUGCCUGAACACAAGAUCCAGUCAUCUGGGGGCCCACUGCAGAUAACUAUGAAGAUGGUGCCGAAAAUGCUUUCUCCUUUAGUUAAAGAUUGGGCUCCCAAAGCAUUUAUAAUUUCCUUUAAGUUGGAGACUGACCCCUCCAUUGUAAUUAGUCGUGCUCGGAACGCUUUGGAAAUUUAUCAGCAUCAAGUGGUGGUGGCUAAUAUCCUUGAGUCAAUACAGUCUUUUGUAGUUAUUGUAACCAAAGACUCAGAAACCAAGUUAUUGCUAUCAGAGGAAGAAGUAGAAAAAGGCAUGGUGAUAGAAGAGAAGAUAGUGGAUAAUGUUCAGUCUCGACACACAGCUUUUAUAUGUGACAAAAACUGAACUAAGAAGAUUAAAAAUUGUUCACUGGACCAGGUCUUUUACAGAUGGCAAGGACUAAAAUAAAUUCUUUGCUUUCAUAAGGACAAAGGGAAGGUAAAAUUUGGGUGCAGGCAAAUAUGGAUUGGUAUUUGUUUUUUAAUGACUGAACCACCCAAUAAAAUCACCUGAAUGUUACCUGGAUUUGGAAAUGAAACACUAGAACUAUAUCUCAUCUUUAAAACAAGUCUGUUGAGAAUUAUAUAUUCCACAGACUAUAACAGGGACUAAAUGCUGAAUAUUAGCCUACUUUAUACUAUAGAAAAAGGAUUAUGGAUGCAUGUGUGGUCAUGCUUUGAAAACGAAGUAUUUGGUGAGUGCCUACUAUGUUUCAGGCCCUGAGCUAAGUGAUGAAGAUUAAAAAGAUGAAUAAAUAUGUCUUGUUUGGGAAAUGGAUGUGUAAAAGUUUAAGCGUAAUAAAGUGUAUGCCCACAAACUGACAAAUGGAAAGGAGGUUUUUUGAAAAUUUACUAAAAAUGGAGAGAAAAGCACCUCCCUAAACAUAGAAGAUUGCCUCUACAUUGGAGAGCUUUCCACUACAUUUACCUUUUGCUUCUUGCCCUAGAUUUGCUCUAUAUUUGAGUAAUGAUUUACCUCUCAAAUAUUGUAGAACUGUUCUUGAGUUUAACAUGAUCUUCCUCCUGGUACCAGGCAGGGACCAAUUGGUGAGCUCUGUCCUGUGGUAAAGAGUAUGGGGUGUGGAGAAAACUUAGCCAGCCAUGCCACUUAGGCACAUAUCUUAAUCUUUUUCUUCAUGUAUGACAUGCGGAUAAUACUCCCUGCAAAGUGAUACCACGUUGGCUGUGAGGAUUAAGUAAAAACAACAAAGGAAAA